AUGUUCCGACUGCUGAAGGCCGCGGGCAACGGCCUGGUCCGUUUCCGCGCCCUGGACCCCGAGACGGCCGAGGCCUUGGUGAAGUUCAAGGAUGAGGCUGAGGGAAAGUGCCGCGGCCCGGUGUCCGACUUCUGGGCCCAGUGCAUGGAUCCGGGGGAUGCGGGCGCCAUGAGCCGCACGGAGUUCUUGAACAACUUGCCGAAAAUCUUAGGCAUGCCACGCGAAACUCUCGUGCGUGUUUUCAAUGUGCUGGAUCCUACGGACACGGGCUGGGUUGCCGGAGUGGAGCUUCAAUACUUGGAGACCUUCGAAAGCGGGCUGGCCGACUUUGUGGCCGAAAGGGAGCAGCAGGCGCCACUGCUUUCUGGAGCUGCUAACAAAGAGCCUAUGCUGCCGACUGGUGUUUUGGCACCUUUCAAUGUGCCCUGGCAGGUGACCAAUCGAAAGGUGCUGAGUACGCAAGACCUCAGGAUCUCACCCUUGGGGCGCCAGUUGUGGGCCCCUCAUCGCAGUAGUCGCAGCUUCCAGUAUCGGGCUCUGGAAAACACGCACUUGCUGAAGCAUAGGUGGCUGAGCGACACGGUGCAGGACAGGUGCUUGUACAAGAACUACGAGCCGGUGCGGCGCCAAAGUGCCAUGGCUGCGGCACUUCUGUGCUUACCAUCCGUCCUUGCAGUGUCUGACCUUCACCUGCACAAGUAUCAGGCGGCUGCCUUUCAGUCCAUGGGAAAGACACAGAAAGGCCGCACAUUGGAAGAUGACGAGACGGGAAAACCCACGGUGGUGAACGGGGAGCAUUUGGAUCCCUACAAUGUGCCCGAGCAGUUGAUUGGAGAUGUGGGGCUGGCAGGUCCCAAGGGUGAGCCUGGCAAGAAAGGCGUCUGUGGCGAACCAGGUCCGAUGGGAAAGAAUGUGUCCGUUGCAAAGCCUGCAGCAGAGGACCUUGUGUUCUCCACAUCUGCAGUGACCCGCUCCAUGCUUUUAGAACUCUUCAUCCUCAACGUGCUCUGCUUGUUGAUCUUGCACUACCAGCUGAAGAAGAGGAUAUCGCAGAUGGCACCGUCAAAGCCACAGAAAUCUGCUGGAGAGGAGGCAGGGGAUGACUCCUACAUCUCCAUGAGUUUCGGCAUCGCCAACGUCAACUUCCCCUCCAUAGAAGAAGCUGGGCAUGCAGCGGCCGUGGAAGACAUAGUCAAGUCCGCCUUGGCCAAAGCUGCUGUGGCGGGGGGAGCCCCAGGCAUCGUGGCAGACAACGCUGCAGUGGCCAUGGGCGAAGGUGAUGAGAAUAGUACCUUGGUAUCUGCCACAAUGAGUCCUCCAGACGGGGUCUCGGUGACUCUCCUACAGCAGGCCUUGGCCAAGGGCCAGCUGCAGGCGCUUCUUCCGAGAUCCUUAGAUGCAGCACCUGGAGUGGACAGCUUUAAGACAGGCCCCAUUUCGGUGACAGACUUCGAGAGUCAGAUCGAGAAGCCGAGAAAUCGUUGGGUUCAACUGACCAAAGAAAUCUGUGGCUUUGGUCGCUCAGGUGGCGAUGGCUGUGGCCUGCGCACAGCACACGCAGAGCAAAAAGCUGCGCGUUUCUUUUGUCCCGUCGGGGCUGAGAGCAUGCGAUCUGAGCACAGCAAAGUGUUCAAGAAGAAGCGAAAGGAUUUCAUCUUCCGCACCAGCCAUGAGUUCGCAGCUCAGCCGGACCCUGGUACCUUGGAACGCUGGAACCCUUGCUGCCGGGUUGCAAAGUUGGGUUACUCUCCAAGGUUCUACCGGAAGGGUGUGGAAAGGCUCAUCCAUGGUGAGGUCGGGGCCGUUUCCUUCAAACCGUUGGUUCCAAUGUCUGCUUUUGGUAAUGAUGAACUGGGCUGGUCUCGAUUCUUUGGAGCGGGGACAGUGCAAGAAUGCUUGCACAUCCCUAGCUUCUUGGAUUUGCAACAGGCUUUUGUUCCCAUCUGUUUGUUGAUUUGUGACGACUCAUGCAUGGUGAAUCCGGAUGUCUUUCGGCCAUCUUGCCCAGCGCAGGAACUGGCGCCAAUGACGAGACUUGCCCCUUCCCAGGGGAAGCUUGGACACGGCUUUUGCGGAUUGGAAGCCAGCGCGAUUCACAUUUUUUUUCCCAUGGGUUUUGGUGAUUUGGUGAGUGACCGUGCAGCAGUGGACUGUGGAGGUGGCAGGCUGCAGGGACUCCAAAGCGCAGAGGCUUCCUGGUGCCACGCCCCUGCUGGCAGCUGCGUUGGGGAGCGCCGCGGUUUUGAGAAGAAACGUUUCCCUAUUAGAGGCCUAGCUCAGAGACGUGGGAGCAACAAACGUUUGUUCCACUUUGCUGAUUGGCAUGGUGAUGGCGAUGCAGAUAUUCUUGCUGGCAAAUAUUACCCAGAAGAUGAAGGAAAAGAAGCUAGCACUUUCCGAAUCCAUUUUCAUGAGCGGCUCUCGAACAACACCUUCCGCAUCCAAGAGCUGCUAAAGACGCCAGUCAUUCGUCACACCCGGCAGGAAGUAAAGCUAGCUCACAGCUUUGAUUUUCAGGUUGCAGAUUGGGAUGGAGAUAAGAAGUUGGACUUAUUGCUCUGCACUCGGGUGCUCUCAGCGCCCAUGAACGCGUCCUCCAUUGCCGAAGUGCGGGUUGAGGACUCCUGGGUAACCUUCCUGAGCCACGGGCUCCUUCCUCUGAACUCCCUUGAGAAAGGCACCGUGAUCUUGAAUGGAGGAGAAGGCGAUCAGCCUGGACGUUUGGAGCAGCGACAGUGUGAUAUGAAGCCUGUGGACUGGGACGAAGACGGUGACCUUGACCUUUUUCUCGGCGACAGAUAUUUCGAACGUCGGUCGACAAACUUGACAGACCUGGUGGAGCGCACGAACCCCCUUAGCAAGUACAAUGGCACAGUGAUGCAGAUCGUUGACUUCGAUGGCGAUGGACAUGUGGAGCUGAUCGUUGACACCUUGCCCACAAGCAACAAACAUAACUAUCGUUCACUUGCCUUCUUGCGGCGGGCUCUUGACGGUAGCUUCGUUCAGUCUGCGGAAAACCCCUUCACCGAGGUCGAGGUGAGCAAGUCUUCGAGGGAUCAGGGUGAGGUUUACGUCGCAGACUUGAACUCGGAUGGCUUGCCAGAUAUUUUGGUUGUGGCCACAGGGUUAGACAGCUGGCCAGUGUCUGGAUAUUAUGAGCAGGUUCAGAACUGCGAUAUGGAGCAUAAUUUCCAUCUCAAUGGUUUUGAGGACAUUAAAUAUUACGGCGCGUUUUCAUAUCCAAUGGUCGUAGAUUGGAACCAGGAUGGAGUGGACGAUCAUGUGCUCGUCGGCGGCGAUCUCCUCCGUGUCCGGGUAUACGAGAUCAAGGGUCUGGAUGUCCAAGAAAUUCCACAUGAAUCAAAUAGAUCAAAGGAAUUUGACGAUAUCGGGUGCACAGCGAUGCACUACUGCACUUUUGUUGAUUGGGAUGGGGAUGGCGACCUCGACCUUCUUCAAACCACACAUCAUGGGAAUUUGGCGUACUAUGAAAGGGUCCAUGGCCGCUUCGUUAUUGGAUAUUCAGGUAUUAAUCUUAUUAGCAGUGGCAAUUCCAACGUUUAUGCUCCAGUGGACUGGGAUCAGGAUGGCGAUAUGGACAUGGUGAGUGGAGAUGGGCGCUAUUAUGAGCAGCUGGCCGAUGGUAGCCUAAAACUCUGGCGGCAGAACAUUUUCACACCAUUUCUGGGACCCACAGGGAAAGGCCAGUGUUGGCAUGCAAUGAAUUGUGCCCUGCGAUUUCUCGAUUGCGACGGGGAUGGCGACUUGGACUUACUCCAAGUGGAGUGGUCCGAAGACCCUCCAGUUCAAGUCUGUGAGCACGACAGCCUUGCAGGAACUUUGACAUGCGGCCAUGAUUUCCGAUGUCUGGGAGCUAAUCUCAGCAACUUCCGGCCUAGUCACUUCAAACAGUUUGGCGAAUUGCUUUCCUUGGACUUAGUGAAUGUUUCGGAUGGCCGUUUGAAGUUCAUUGCGUUUCAUCAGGACAGGUUCCAAGCCGUGCUUUGGACCCCUGGAUUCUGCACAUCUGAAGGCGCAUGUCACGACAAGGGCUUCUGCGGGAAGAAGCAGUUGCAGUGCACCUGCGGCGCGGGUCAUGAGCUGGGCGAUUGCUCUCAGUGUCAACGAGGCUUCCAUGGGGUUCUCGGGAAGCUAGGGCAGAUUCGCAACUGCAAGGCAUGUCCGGCAAAGAAUGGGAAGGUGUGCGACGGCCGCGGAGACUGCUUUGAUGAUGCAGCAGCCCAAGCUCUUGCAGCUCCAACGCAGGGGUCGGCAGUGGCAUUCAUGGCAACAGGGAAUGGCUCAUGUCGCUGCUAUGAGGCCCAUUUCAACGGCAGUGACGUGGAUGGUCGAAGCACCUGUGCAGGUGGCAUCUGCCCCGCUGGAUCCGAAGAACAAGAUGGGACAUGCCGUCCGUGUGACGAGGGCUCUUUUUCCCUCGCAGGGGGCCCUUGCACAAAGUGUGGCUCUGGAAAAUAUUCGCUCGCAGCAAGUAGCAGCUGCUUGGAAUGUGAGCCUGGAAAAGUUUCAGAGACUCCAGGAGCUUCAAAGUGUGACGCAUGUCCACCAGGCAAAUAUGAAAUCGACUACCAAUCGUGCAGUGGCUGCCCAGCUGGAUUUAUUUCUUCAAGGGGAAAUUCUUCAUGCACCAAAUGCCCAGCAGGGUUCAUUGCACCAACAACAGGUUCCUCAACUUGUGCGCAGUGCCCGGGUGGAACCUUUGCUCCUCCAGGCAGCAGUGUGUGCCAGGAGUGCCUUCGUGGUACAUAUUCCUUGGGUGGGAGCGGCAGCUGCUUGCAUUGCCGGGCUGGCACAGUGUCAAUGGUUGAUGGAGCUUCGACAUGUAAUCUUUGUCCAGCAGGAAGAGAAGGGUUGAACGGCCAGUCUUGCAGUCCUUGCAGGAGUGGAUUCUUUUCGCCAAGUAUUAACAGUUCAUGUAUGAAGUGCCCAGCUGGAUUCAAAGCACCAAAGACAGGCAGUAGUGCAUGCGAGCCGUGUCCUGGAGGUUUUUAUUCAGAAGAAGGUGCUCCGACCUGCAUUCAAUGCCCUGUGGGCACCAUUUCAGGUGCAGCUAGCGGCAGAUGUGACAGCUGUGAAGGGAACUUUUUGAGGGCAGUGCCUGAUGGCACGAAGCAAAGCUGUGAAGUUGAUAGCAUGCAGGUGCUUCUUCUUGCGGCAUCUGCUCUUGCGUCGGCUGGUUUCUGUUUCUUGUGUUUGACUGGAUUUCUUGGCAACGCUGCCAUCGCAGAUGUAUCCGCCCAGGGCCAGAAGGUGGUGAUGACCACGACCCUGUCGCACUUUCUGCUGAAGCGCUCCCAGGUGACUUUCACAGGCACCGGGAAUCCAAAACUCGAAGGCCAGUCUUGGACGGUGCAAGCCCUGAACUCCUUCCAGCUGACACUGCAGGUCGAGGGCAGUGACUUGGAUCAACUGGACACCUCCAUGGGACGUUUGCGUAUCAAGUGCCCAGGUCCUUUUAUCCACACGGGUCUGUGGCGUUGUCCUCUCAUUUUUUGGUGCUUGCUUUUCGGGGCUGCCAGUGCAUGUGCCAUGAGCCAACUCACCUGGUUUUUGAGAUUAUUGAUGGCCGGCUUCGGAGUCUUUACUGGUUCUUUGGCAUUCGCUUGGCGGUUCAGGCAAGGUCAGCGAACUCCGCUCUCCAAACGCCGACGGCAGUUUCUCAAGGAGUGGCCGCUCCCCCGCCAGACUUGCGAACGCGGUCCAGAGCGAUCAAUGACCGCGGGGCAAUUGCAGGACUUUGUGCAGUUCUUUGAGGCCUUCAUCAAGGAGCGCUCCAUGUAUUACGUUUGCUCCAACAUCGUGAAGCCUUUGACCAAGCCCUUCCAGCUUUCCUUCGUCGAGUUGGUCGGCCCAACGGCCAUGGAAUGGUUUGUAAGCCAUUACUGGGGGAUGGCCGUGCGGCAUUUCAAUGAUGCCAUCGGCAAGCAUGCCAUGUCGUAUGCGAGCGAGGCGAGCGAGUGGCGUGGAUUGGCAUAUUGGAUCUGUACUUUCAGCAAUAGCCAGUGGAAAGUCAAAGAUGAGCUGGGGAUUGGAGGUUGGCAGGAGUCCUCCUUCUAUUUGGCCCUCAAAAGUCCGUUAUGCAAAGGUACUGCCAUGGUCAUUGAUGAGCAGGUUAUGCCCCUCCAGCGAAUUUGGUGUUUGUUUGAGGUCUACCAUACCAUCCUGCUGUCGCAAAAUGAUAAUUUUCAAGGCCUUCUCCUUUGUGCAUCCACCGGGGUCCUUCAAGAGGGCCGUGCCGGCACCGACGUGGCGGUGCGCGUGGCCCAACGGGCCCGUGACUUGGACACACGCAGUGCAGGAGCCUCCAACGAGCGGGACCUGCAGAUGAUCCAUGCGUUGAUUGAGGAGAUGCCACGGGGCUUUGAUGCCAUGAACGACUUCGUGCGCGAGACGAUUUUCCGUGCCCUGGAAGCUUCUCACGACCACUAUGAGCAGACCUUCAGAGGCUUGAUUGGCGACUUGACUUCACGUGUGGCAGCUGCAAGGGCGCCACUUCCAACGCUCCUCCCGCGUCAAACGAUGCCUUCUUUGGGCCGAAAUGCCGGUUUUGUUUCCCUCAAGGGUCAAGUAGACCCAACUGAGGACGUCUAUCCGCUACCCUGA